AUGGAUCUCCUAGAUUAUAAAUCCCGUCCAAUCCUCUCUCUAACAACCAUCUUCGCCGCCUGGAAAGGCCUCCUCCUCGCCAUCGCCUUCAGCGCGUCCAUAGGUCCAGACUACGACACAUCAACAUCUCUCUUCUUCGACAUCGUCCAUGGCGCAUCAUCACCAACAUCCCUAGCUACUCGUCUCACGAGAUGGGACGCGCUGUAUUUCAUGCACGAUGCCGUGAAAGGAAAAGUUUAUGAGCAGGAGUGGGCGUUUGGUAUUGGUAUGCCUGCUGCUGUGCGCGGCAUCUGCGGUUUACUGAAUCUUCAACUCUGGGAACCUCUUGUCGCCAUUGCUAUUUCGCACAUUUCGCAUCUCGUUGCUGUGCUGGCGCUGUAUCAACUUACUAUCGUGCUGUGCAAUGAUCGCAAGCUGGCGUAUUUGGCUUCGGUUGUUCAUGUGCUUUCACCGGCUGGGUUGUUUAUAUCAGCGCCGUAUGCGGAGAGUCCCUUUGCAUGCAUGUCCUUUGUUGGCAAUCUUCUCUACGCAAUCAGUGUCAAAAACAGCCCUGAUUCACUGAAGCGCAAUCUUGCUGUGGUUGGAGCAGGGUUGUCGUAUGGGAUUUCGUGCACGCUUCGAAGCAAUGGGCUUUUUGGCGGUGUUUUGUUUGCUGUUGAAGCUGUCAAGUGCUUGUUGGCUCUUCGCAACGGUUUCGCCAUUUCCAAAAUCCUGAGACUCAUUGCACCUGUCAUUGGCGGUAUUCUUGUUGCUGUUGGGUUCGUUGCGCCGCAAGUUUUGGCUUGGAUGAGAUAUUGCAAUGGCAAUGAAGAGCAAAGGGCUUGGUGCGGACAUCGUAUCCCAAGUAUCUACACAUUCGUCCAGGCAGAAUACUGGGACGUUGGUUUCCUAAAAUACUGGACUCCUAACCAAAUCCCACUCUUUCUCCUCGCGGCACCCAUGCUCACGAUCCUCCUAAAGUCAGGAACAGAGACCAUGCGCGAACCUUCUCGAGGUCUUGGGGCCGUGGCGAUGGGCACAAAUGAAGAGUCCCGAUUACUUGUGCGGACUCUCGCUGCCAUGCAAACGCUGCUUGCCGUCUUGGCCAUCACCAACUACCACGUUCAAAUCAUCAGCCGCUUGUCGUCGGGAUAUCCUGUCUGGUACUGGUGGGUAGCAUCAUGCCUCAUGGAUAAGCAGAGACAGAGUUUGGGUUAUGGAGUCAUUGUGUUUAUUACCAUGUAUGCGGCUAUCCAAGGUGGACUCUUUGCGUCGUUUUUGCCUCCUGCCUAG